GAACUUCUGCUCCCCACAGAGUUUUAUAAGCUACGGAGGGAGAGAACAGAGAACUCAUUCUUCUCUCUCUCUCCAUUAUCUGUGAUUUUCAGUCUUCAAGAGAAGAAAGAUUUGGGAUUUUGGGUAUUAGCUGGUUGAAAUUGGAAAAUGAAUAUGAUGCGCCGCCUCAAGAGCAUUGCUUCUGGCCGUUCUUCUGUUUCUGAUCCUGGAGGGGAAUAUACCAUUACGAGGGUGAAGAGUGAAAGGAUGCAUGUCGCUGAGCCCGAAUCAGAUGUGAAUGUGUCGAAUGUUACAGAAUCUGAAAAUUCUGGCCACAAUGAGCUUCCCAAGAAAAUGCUCGAAUUGAAAAUUGGAGACGACAAAAUUGAUCAUCACAAGUCCAACUUAAAGGAUAUGGAGACGCCGGUUGUUGUUAGUGGUAACGGAACAGAAGUGGGUCAGAUAAUUGUAACAAGCGUGGGAGGCCAAAGUGGGCAGCAGAAACAGACAUUGUCCUACAUGGCAGAACGUGUCGUUGGGAGUGGCUCGUUCGGAGUUGUCUUUCAGGCAAAAAGCCUUGAAACUGGGGAUGCUGUUGCAAUAAAGAAGGUGCUUCAAGACCGGAGAUACAAGAACAGGGAACUCCAAAUUAUGCGCUUAGUCGAUCACCCAAAUGUGGUUAAGCUGAGGCAUUUUUUCUACUCGACCACCGAGAAGAACGAGACGUACCUUAACCUGGUGCUGGAGUAUGUGCCCGAAACUAUUUACCGAGUUUGUAGGCACUAUACCAGAACUAACCAGCAUUUGCCCAUCAUAUACGUUCAAUUGUACGCGUACCAGAUUUGUCGAGCUCUAAAUUAUAUUCACAGUGUAGUCGGUGUGUGUCACCGUGAUAUUAAACCCCAGAAUAUAUUGGUUAAUCCCCAUAGUCAUACGAUAAAGCUUUGUGAUUUUGGGAGUGCAAAGAAGUUGGCCCGCGGUGAGCCGAAUAUAUCAUACAUCUGUUCACGUUACUACAGAGCUCCCGAACUGAUCUUUGGGGCUACCGAGUACACGACCGCUAUAGACUUGUGGUCUGUUGGUUGCGUCAUGGCUGAGCUACUUCUCGGACGGCCUCUAUUUCCAGGGGAAAGCAGUAUUGAUCAGCUAGUCGAAAUCAUCAAGAUUUUGGGGACGCCGACUAGGGAGGAGAUCAAGUUGAUGAAUCCAAACUAUACAGAGUUCAAGUUUCCCCAUAUCAAAGCUCAUCCCUUUCACAAGGUCUUUCAUAAAAGGAUGCCGACCGAGGCAAUGGAUUUAAUCUUGAGACUGCUCCAAUACUCGCCAUCUCUGCGUUGUACAGCUCUGGAGGCGUGUGCACACCCGUUCUUUGAUGCCUUGAGGGAGCCAAACGUGUCCUUACCAAACGGGAAACCCGUGCCUCCCCUCUUUAACUUUACUCAAGAGCUAGCUGGCGUGCCUCCCGAACUGCAAAACCGUCUUAUUCCCGAGCACGCAAGGAAAUCUAUACAUUGAGAGAGACGGAUCUUAGCCUAGUCUUUGUUUUCGAGAAAAAAAGGAAGAAAAGAAAAUGUGUGUGAGGUUAGGUUUCCACUACAAUAGAUAGGACAUUUGUCAAUGUGAUCUUCAAUGGAUGGCUUUAUAUGUCUAGUUUGACUUUCUCCAGCCAAGUUACACAAAUUGAUGAGUGGGGUUAUUUUGACACAAAGGGCCAUUUUGGAGCUUUUCAUGUUCCGUUUGACCUCAAAAUGAUUCUUAGCCCUUUAACCCCUUGCCCCCUUGUCGGGAGGGAGAUUGCAGGAGCUUAGAUGGUAGGAAUCAGUUUGGGGUCGAACAGAGUAGCGUAGGGCCCUCACAUGGUCCAAGUGUCAUAUUAUGACAUCCAUGAGCGUUGUCGAAAAAUUUAAUUUUUUAUAUUUAAUUGAUGAUUAAAAUUCAUACAAGUAUGAUGAAAGUCUUGAAUUGAUAAAUUUCUUGUGUUCACACGUUUAUGAAGAGUGUAUGU